GUUGGAAGGUCAAGCUGAUGGUCUUUAGGACCACGGAGAAUCAUCAGUGCCUGAUGAAAACAGCAUGCGUUGUAGAAGAGGAGACGGGAAGGCACCAAUACAACGUUAGAGCGCCAUUCUCACUCAAGGCAGAACGGUAAAGGGGAAGAUUACUCUUCCUCCACUAAGACAGUUCCGCUAAAGAAUUCGAACAAAUGUUCCACGGUUUUAAAGCAAUUAUUUAUCGAUGUUCACAAGGAUCUGCGACUUAUGUUCUCAUGGAAAGGUUCUUCGUUCUGGGAGUAUUGCCUUUGUCCAGCAGGUGCCUCUCGCCUCCCGAUCUCAAACUCCAGCCGUAACUGAGAAGAGAAGAGCAGACUGAUUGGAGCUAUGUGACCAUGGUUCUCGCGAUGAUCUGACCGUCAGUCCCUGGAAUAUGCACGCCCGCCGGCCAUCUACACCACAUGUCCUGCAACGGCAUGGUGACAACUUUCAAAAUAGCAAUCCUUGGAGCGCAGGGGGUUGGGAAAUCAGCAAUUGUGCACCAGUUUCUCUACAACGAUUACAGUGACCACUAUCGGCCCACAAAAGCACGUCGUGUCUACUUGCCCGCUGUGGUCAUGAACGAGCAUGUGCACGACCUACAGAUAAUGGACUUCCCACCCAUUCCAUCCUUCCCAGUCAACACUCUCCAGGAAUGGGCAGACACGUGUUGCCGGGGGCUACGGAGUGCUCAUGCCUACGUACUGGUUUACGACAUCUGCUGCUUUGACAGCUUCGAAUACAUCAAAACAAUCCGACAACAAAUAUUAGACACAAGGAUGAUCGGGACCAACGAGAUCCCCAUCAUCAUCGUCGGCAACAAGCGGGACUUGCAGAGGGGCCGCGUUAUUCCCAGGCGGAACGUUUCCAACCUUGUGAAGAAGACGUGGAAGUGCGGCUACAUCGAGUGCUCGGCCAAAUACAACUGGCACAUCCUCAUGCUGUUUAACGAACUCUUAAAGACUGUUGGGUGCGUGCGCUGCAGGCACGUGCACGCUGCUAUCCGUUUCCAGGGAGCCCUGCGGCGGAACCGGUGUACAGUCAUGUGACCCAACUCCCCCUCCCCCCCUUCUACCGCUCGGACUUCUGGGAGUGUGCUCGUGUCUCGAUGAGGGGGCUCUGGACCUGUUAAAUAUUUAUUGGGCCUUCUUUUUAAAACCGCAUGUGACGCGCAACUUUUCGGCUUGCGUGCACUGGGACUCAACAGUUUUACCAGACAGUGAUCUUCAAACCACGCUCCUCCUGUGUACUGAGUUGGAAAGUUCACCCCUCCCCUGAUCUCCCUCGUCAGAAUCACCUUUCAUUUGUUAUCAAUAGUUUCCUAUUAGUUUCCUCAGCAAUAAUUAAUCCAAAGGUCUUCAGAACAUCAUCUGAGGUGCUGUCAUAGAAUCCCUACACUGUGGAAACAGGCCCUUCGGCCCAUCCAGUCCAUACCAACCCUCCAAAGAGUAACCC